UGUUGGAACCGGAACAGGAAAAUACAGUUUCUGCUCAGAAAGAACCAAAAUGAAAAACAUUUUGUUUUUAGACCGUGGUUUUUAAACGCCUUAACCUCUGAUAUUUAACAUUUCAUCCUCUCAAUUUAAUUUAUUAAUAUUUUUUUUCCGAACCUCAAUAAACAAGUUUAAAAUGUCUAAUAAUAAAAUUGUUUCUUUAAUAGUUCGACUACCUGAAAGGGAGUACAGUCGUGGCUUUCCCCAUAUUAGGUUUUUCCAUGUAGUCUUCUAAAUGCCCGCCUCCCGAGUCUCUCUUGACCAAACACGCUUCCAGCAGAGCGAGACUGGAGUGCGUCAGUCAGUAGCAGAGCUUCACGCGGACCGCGACUUCUCAACGAGGAGAGGAGUAUACAAAAGAGAAAAAGUUACAUGGUCGUCGCUGACAGCGAGUGCUGGAUCUUACCGUAAGAGGAGAUAAAUCCAAUUCAUCGCUUUCUUCAUGAUAAACUUGAAUUAAUCAGCCAAACAAGAUUGAGGUCCAACAGUUAUUCACGAAACCCCUGAGGAGGUUUGUUGAUUUUACAAGAAAUACUCCAAACCAGGAUAGCUGAGUGGACUCAAGCCAUCAGAGGGGGGUUUGGGGAGAAGGAAGGCAAGAGGGAUUAGGGGCUAAUCCUGGACAUGACCAAUCCUUAAAGAGCCUCACUCAAGACAUACUAUUGCCUUAGAUUAUUAUAUCUAAUUUAUUGCUUUUUAAAGACUCCUUUAUCUCCCCGGGGGGGUUCCUGGAGAGUGGGCCACUGGACUUACGUAUCUCUUUAAACAAAGGAUCAGGAUCAGGAGCAGAGGCCAGUAGGAGUGGAAGAGUAUGAGGACCGAGUGGCUCCACUCAGCAUAUGCAUGUGCAGGGAUAAAGCAGCGAGCCUGCCCGGAGGGUUUGGGAUUGAGCCAGACUCAACCAGCAGCAGGGUGCAAGGCUGAGGUCACUGAAUGAACUGGGAUUAAAAAAGCAUACAGUCAUACUAAUUAGACUAAGGGGCUGAUUCAGAGCAUGUAGCAGGAGACCUUCUGGACCUUACUGAAGGAGUUCACUGUUUCAGUUCUUAACCACAGAGAUAUCUGCAGCCAGAGCUGAAUUUAUUUCUGAGCUGAUUUUUUUUCUAAACCAGAAACCCAGAACAACUGUGAAGCCCAGAAUCUCUGACCGCUUAUGCAGCAGAGGUUUUCAGGAAUUGGAGUCAUGCAUAUUUUCAGCUCACAUUUAUCUUCACUGAAUCUUUCUGGAUAUGAGGAGAGACCAGUGGCAAAAACAGGACACAGCUGAAAGUGUCUACUUUUGAAAAACUGUAAUAAGAAACUUUCCACUCAACUGCAGCUUUCAAAUAUUUUAUUUGGUGGAGUCCUGAUGCAAGGGUGAUACGUCUAUAAUUUGCUGUACACCGUUUUCACCAUUUUUAGACCGGUUUUGUGUUGUGAACUGUAGUAACUACGAUUUCUACCUGGAGAAGCCAUGAACUUGGGCAAGCUCUCUGGCCUGAAGGGCCUGGUGUCCCACUCCUCAGGAAAGCGUCGCUUUAAAGGUGACCUCACUCCGGACAUGAUAAGCCCCCCGCUGGGCGACUUUCGACACACCAUGCACGUGGGCCGUGGAGGGGACGUAUUUGGGGACACCUCAUUCCUCAGCAACCAUGGUGGAGCAGGAAAUAAUGCAGAUGGAGACACUUCCUCUACCUCAGAGAAGAAUGAAGGAUUCUUCUCUCGCACACUUCGCCAUGUCCGCAAGACCCCAGACAGAUCCUGUGGUGGCUCCAAGGACCUGUCACCCCCACCUCCACCCAUUUCUCCAAUCAUUAAGAAUGCCAUCUCCCUCCCCCGUCUGGAUGUGGACUCGCCAAACGGUUGUCCAGUUAAAGUGCUUUUCCCUAGUUCACCGAAGACACCGGAGAACUCCAAAUUCUUGUAUGGUUUGGAGUCUGGCUUUGUCACCUUGCCAAGGCUGUCCCGCACUGAGCGUCCAGCCCAGGGCAGCUCUCCCCCAGCCUGCCCUCCUGAAAUCAACCGAGGCUCACUCACAUACACUGGUGUCCCUUCCUUUCCCUGUUUAGACUCGGUCAGUCCCUCUGAUUCCAUGAACUCUUUCACCCUCGAUAUGGGACCCUCGCUUAUGUCUGAGGUCUUUGCCUUGAUUGACAGCCCUAUGUCUGAAAAUGGCGAUCCUAUCAGUGAAGAGACACAUGGAUUGACCGAUGAUCUGAACUCUGAAGUGGAUUCUGAUGCUACCACAUCCUUGGUGGACUCCCUCCUGCGAGAAGACAAUGAUGGUAGGACGAGGUUGUAUGGUGGAGACUGGAAGCACUUAGACUUUGUAAAUGGGGAGUUGCCAAAAAAAUCAAUGGUGACCGAUCUGAUGUGCUCCCGUGGUGUUGAAGAUCAUGGCAUGGAGCCAGAGAGUUUCAAGAGGGCUACUGAUGUGCUGGCACAUCAUUAUGAGAGUGAAGGACUCAGGAAUACAAACACCAACAAUUCUCACAGGGGAGGACCAUACACGUAUCCUGAUGAGGAAGAGGAGAUCAAAGUCUGACUCUAUCAGAUGCCCACAUCAUAAAGCAAUUUUAAUCAUGUUUCUAAAUCUAGUAAUGUGACAAAUUAAAUGGAUUUUGAAAAUGUCUUUUUUACCCCUACUUUAAUGCAGAUUUGAAGAAAGUAUUAUAUAUGGAAUUACAUUAGAAAGAACAGAAAUGUAAGUGAAUCUACAAGGAUAUUUUGACAACUGGAUAGUGCUACAUGUUGUUGGUUAGGACCAUGGUAUAUGGAAGAGAGUUAACUGCAUGUUUUACCAUGUCUAAAUUCUGGGUGAGUUUUUGUUUGCACAGGGAUACAUUAUAUGGAGAGUAUGAAGAGUACUUAAAGGGUUCGUUCACCCAAAAAUAAAUAUUUUCUCAUUUACUCACCCUCAUGUCAUCCCAGAUCCCAGUUUUUCCUUUCUUGUCCAGAACACAAAGUUUCUUAGAAAAAUAUUUCAGCUCUGUAUGUCCUUACAAUGCAAGUGAUUGUUGACCAACACUUUCAAGCUCCAAAAAGCAAAUAAAGGCAACAUAAAUGUAAUCAAUAAUAAUCCAGUGGUUAAAUCCAUGUCUUCUGAAGUGAUAUGAUAGGUGUGGGUGAAAAAACAGUCCUUUUUACUAUACAUUUUCUACUUAAACUUUCAAAAUGUGAAAGUGGUAUUUAUAUUACAAAAAGUACUUAAAUAAUGACAUGAUUCUCACCUACACCUAUCAUAUGUCUUCAGAAGACAUGGAUUUAACCUCUGGAGUCUAAUGGAUUACUUUUAUGCUGCCUUUGUGAUUUUUGGAGAUUGAAAGGUCUGGUCACCAUUCACUUGCAUUGUAUGGACUUACAGAGGCCUAUAUUGUUCUAAAAAACAUUGUUAUGCAGAAGAAAGAACGUCAUAAACAUCUAGGAUGGCAUGAGGGUGAGUAAAUGAUGAGAUCAUUUUCAUGGGGGAGGGGGGACUAUCCUUGGAGGCAUACACGUUUCUUUUAUCUUUGAUCUCGCCUUCUUGAUCCAAGAAAAUAAUCCUGCUAAGUUACUCUAAUAAACUAUAGAGAUUUAUUUUGAUUAAAAUUGUAACUAUGCUAGUUUAAUAUAAAUCUUUAUCAGUAUAUUAAUUUAGCAAAGUCUGUCAGUCCUUGCAAGUAAAUCUCUAUACAAUUAGUUAUAAAUAUAUAUAUAGUGUACAGUGAAACCAUGUAGAAGUAUGAACAGGCAUACAGUAUACCUGCUAGCUGAAUUCUAUGCAAAACACUAACUUUACACAGAAAGGAAGCAUUUCAUAUUUGUGUAGUUUUAAUUGCACAGGUUCUCAUUAAGGAUUAAUUUGUGUGGCAGUUUAAUUGUUAGACACUUAUUUCCUGAGAAACAUGCAAUCUUUAAAAGACAAGACAAAAGCCUACAUACAGGUCACUGUGAUGCACAAGACUGUUAUGUGUUCUCAUAUGAGCAAAAGCAAAACAAAGGAAUGACAAAAAGUCUGUGUUAAUUUCUCAUAUUCUAACUUUAUUACAUGACAAAUAUCUUCUUAUCAACACAAUACUCCCACAUAUUUAAUGAUCCCCAUCAACUUUUGUCAAUGUACUAUUCAAAUAUGAUUCAAUAUUAGUUUUUUGUUUAAAUUUAAGUUUUAUUUGACAAAGUAUUUGUCUUCUCCAUUCCCUUAAUCACAUGAUAUAAUAUGUACAUACUGUUUGUAUGUGCAGCUUUGCACAAGACAUUUACAAAUUAGCAAUGUAUGUUACAUAAGUUUUCAUUAAAAGUAUUCAUAAACCACAUCAGCUUUACUUUUUUUUUUUUAACAAGUGUGACCAUGAUUUGCCUGUUAUGGUGCUUCAGAAUAAGCAUUCACAAAGGCUUAUACAUAAAUAGCUCAGGUAAAUUGUGUCAGUACAUAUCAGACCAAAGGAAAUGAGAAUGCUCAUUGAGCUUUACUUUUGUGUGACAGCCCUUAGAAAAUAUGUAUCUAUAGAGCAGAUGAAUACAACACUACAGGAAGUACAAAAAUACUGCAUAGUUAAAAGCAUUAAAAUGAAAAUAUGCACAACAAAUGCAGUACAAACUGUUAUAAGAUUGAGCUUAAUUGUCAAAAAAAGAAAAAAGA